AUGGCCACCAUGAACACCUUCCUCAUGCAACGCACCUGCCUCACACAGCGUCUCCGCACCCUGCACCAAUGCGAAGUAGUCCUCAUGCGCGACAUCGUCAAAGCCAACACCUCCUUCCUGCGCGCGCGGGCCCGCGGCAUCCACAGCGUCACAACCAUCAUCCGCAACGGCGAGAGCCUCCACGCCGAGUACAACACCCUCAUGAAGCAGAUCGAGGCCAUCGUGUAUGAGCUCACCGUGCUCGAGUUGGAGAUGAUGGACCAUGAUUUGGCGCACUUUGUCGUGCUAGAUGACGACCAGAGUGGUGGGAAGGCGGCGAGGAGUGAUCCGGAGAUUUAUAGGGCGGGGCCUGCGUCGGCGUAG